CAAACCUGCGCGACGUCACGCUUAGUUGCGCAACAAACCAUUACAUAUUCUUCCUUCUGAUUUAUUUAUCAAAGUGAAUUGUCUGUGAGACUCUUUCACAAUGGCUGGCCCCCAAAGGCCUGCCUCUGCCCUUCCUACAAGGAGGACAACUACAUCACGCCAACCAACUAGGCGGCUGGGGUCAUCAGCAACCCAGAGAGUCGACUCUCCCGCAAUUUCGUCUAAGAUUCCUGCUUCUAGUGCAUCGCGCGCGGUUAAAUCACCUGGAGAGCCAGCGAGUGUUACAGCGAAGAGGAAGGAAAGAGAUUAUGAGCGUGGGGUAAACGAAGACACCAGCAUUCACGUUGUGGUCCGGUGUCGCGGGCGCAAUGAUCGGGAAGUCAAGGAAAAUAGCGGUGUUGUCGUGAAGACAGAAGGCGUUAGGGGAAAAACUGUGGAGUUAUCCAUGGGACCUAAUGCCGUCUCCAAUAAAACAUACACAUUCGACAAAGUCUUUUCCGCCGCCGCCGACCAGAUCGCAGUAUAUGAGGAUGUCGUUCUACCAAUCGUCAAUGAGAUGCUCGCUGGAUACAACUGUACUGUCUUCGCAUACGGACAAACGGGAACUGGGAAAACGUACACAAUGUCGGGCGAUAUGACGGAUACUUUGGGUAUCCUUUCCGACAAUGCUGGCAUUAUUCCACGUGCUUUAUACUCGCUAUUCCACAAGCUUGAGGAGACAGAAAGUACCGUCAAGUGUUCCUUCAUUGAACUGUAUAACGAAGAGCUUCGCGAUCUUCUUUCAGCCGAAGAGAACCAGAAGUUGAAAAUCUUCGAUAACGAGUCAAGGAAGGGCCAGAGCACGCUUGUACAAGGAAUUGAAGAAACAUAUAUCGAUUCUGCCUCUACCGGCAUCAAGCUACUUCAGCAUGGUAGCCAUAAACGGCAAGUUGCGGCGACCAAGUGCAACGACCUUAGUUCUCGCAGUCACACAAUCUUUACCAUUACAGUACAUACCAAGAGGACAACAGAUGCUGGUGAAGAAUAUGUCAGCUCUGGGAAGCUGAACUUGGUCGACUUGGCUGGUAGCGAAAACAUCCAACGUAGUGGAGCUGAAAACAAGCGUGCCACGGAGGCUGGUUUGAUCAACAAGAGCUUGCUGACGUUGGGCCGAGUAAUCAACGCUUUGGUCGACAAAAGCCCCCAUAUCCCGUACAGAGAGUCGAAACUCACACGUCUUUUGCAAGAUUCCCUCGGCGGACGCACAAAAACUUGUAUUAUUGCCACGAUAUCGCCGUCGCGGAGCAACAUGGAAGAAACGAUAUCAACGCUAGAUUAUGCUUUCAGAGCAAAGAAUAUUCGCAACAAGCCGCAAAUUAACUUCACAUCAAAACACAAACUUCUCCAGGAGUUUGCCUUUGAAAUCGAAAAGCUCAAAGGAGAGCUUAUUGCAACGAGGCACCGAAACGGCGUUUACAUGAGUGUUGACGCUUAUGAACAAAUGACGAUGGAGAAUGAAUCCCGAAGAAUUGUGAAUGAGGAACAACGGGCAAAGAUCGAGUCAAUGGAAUCCAACUUGCGGAACAAGGUCCAGGAGCUCUUCGCACUCACGAGCAAUUUCAAUAAUUUGAAGAAGGAUAACGAGGACACACGGGCAGCUUUGAACGAUACAAACGACGUCCUUGAGAAAACCGAAAUUGUUCUCAAGAAUACCAGGUCACUGCUGGAGGAGGAGGAAACGGUAAGAAAGGCACACGAAGAUACGGAAACCCAGCUUUAUGACAUUGGCACGGGGCUUUUGUCGACAUUGGAUAGCACUGUUGGAGACGUUAAUGGCUUGCAUGCAAAACUCGAACGUAAGGCAGAUCUGGACUCUUCCAACAUGAAAACUUGGCGCACAUCAGCCGAGGAAGUGUCAACCGUAACACAGGAAGUCGACAGAAGAGUGGAGGCUUUCCAGUUGCAACACUCGAAGCUUCUAGAGGUGAUGUCUGAGAAGAUCAGCAACUAUAUCUCUAGCGAAUUGAGUCACAUUCAAUCAAGCCAGUCGGGACUCUCGAGCUUCAGUACUGUUUUUGAUAAAGCCGAGCAGGAUGCAAAGGCGCAAACCUGCGGCGCUCACGAUCAGAUGAAUGAGGUUCUUGAAGAGAUCAAGGACUUGCGCGAAGAGGUUAAGCGUAAAGUUGGAGAGGGUCUGAAUGGUCUAUCAGCCGCCGCAGCUAGGAUAUCGAAGGAGGUUAUUGGCGAAUUCACCGACUUUCAUGAACAGCUUCAUGCGUCUUACAGCACCCUUGGCAAGGACUUUAAGUCCUUGUUCGAGGAAAUGGUGCGGCAUCUUAAUGAGCAGAAGACGGAAAUCAAUAGGCUACGACUGGAAGUUCAACAGGCUAACAUCCAGACGAUUGAAGCAAACCGUAAAGCUUCUUCUAGUCUGGCGCACGCACUUGAGGAAGAACAUACAAAUGCUGAAGCGGAGCACGAUCUUUUGCUUUCGCAAUUUAAGGCCCUGAUGGAAGAAUCCCGACGGAGGCAAUUUGGUCGCCUUAAGGGAAGAGUGGAAAGUGUACGAGCGGAUAUCUCAUCCUCAGGUGACUCACUAGAGCAAGCAACCACCCAACAUGAUCGUCAGACAGAUGAAUGGGUUUUCAAGUCCGAGCAAUUUGCUAAGGAUGUCGCGGCCUCUAGAGACGAACUUCGCGCCAAGAUGCAGAACGACUGGGAAACAUUUGAUCAACGCAAUCUUGCUAUCCAGAAGACAACUGAGUCUGUGCAUGAGGAAACAGUCCGCAUUGUUGGCGCCCAGAUAAACAACAUGGACAAACAGAUGGAAGCUUUGGAUGAUUUCGUGACCAAAGCACGGUCCCAGAACGGCCAUUAUCGGGACGUCCAUAUUUCCAGCUUGGACCGCAUAGCAUCUAACGUGCGCGAGUCUCAUUCAUCCGUUCAUGAGCAACUGGAAGGGUUUAGUGGCCGGAUUAGUCAACUGCAGGAGGAUGCAACUCAGCGGCACCACAGCCUGCAUGAAUCAACCUCCUCAUUGUCAGAGGAGAUCCGGAAGCCUCUCACAGAGCUUCGCGACAAUGUUCACAGUCGCCCGCUGCAAGAGUACGUCGCCACCGGUGCCACCCCGCAGAAGCGGCAUUACGAGUAUCCCACUAGUCUCCCUCGGACAGAAGCGCAUGAUGCUUUGAUAUCCGAGGUGAGGACAUCAAGAGAACUGACGCUGCUCCCAUUCAAUGGUGAGGACAAACUUCCUGGGACCUCUCCUAUUAAGGGCUUUGUUUAUAACGAUACCGAAGACGAGGUAGGAACUCAGACACCUACAGCCACGAUGACUUCCAACACAGGACUUAGGGAAGUCGAUGCAAACGUCGUCGUAAAACAGCUCGCGUCUAGCCCUACCGACAGGACGUCGAUGCGGCGUUCAACACCUUCUGUAGCAGCCAAAUCUUCAGACAAGGACACUGUUCCAGAAAGUGGAGGGUCAGAUGAGCCUCCUGCAAAGAGGCGCUGCUCGAACCUGACACAAACUGAGAGCAAGCUGCCGAAAAACAUGUUGACCAAGAGAAUGGCCGGAAUGAUGGAAGGUCGGGAGAAUGUCCCUCCACCUGGGCUUUCAAGUGCUCGACGGACGAGAAAUCGACCCGCUGCUUAAGAUGCUUGUACCUAAAGGAAUUUUCGAUAAUAUGGUUCAUCCAUUGGUACCCUCGGUCUUUAUACCCUUCUAUCAUUUGAAAUAUGCGGGCGUUGCUGGGAAGGAUCUCGAAGAGACAGUAUGCGAGAUUCAGUAUUCUACACCAUUUUGUUGGCUUUGUUGGCGCGUCGGAGUUCUUUGUUUCUAUUAUCGCUGCUUAUGUUUCACGGGGUUUUAGAUUGUUCUCUCGUAUAGGCACUCUGGCGUUCUCCGGGUGGGGCUCAUAUGAUACCUAUAUCGCUUGUUUUGGGUCAAUAUCGGAAAGACACACCUUGAUUCUAAUAUCAAUCAACUCUCCGAUUCUUUUACCUUCAACUGACUUGUACCUGCUCGUAAAGAUCCUCGCAUGCUGUAUAGCUUUGGUCCAUGUAGUGCUUGCUUGCGUCCAUUGAACCGUCUUAUUUAGUCAAUGUAUCCCUUGGGAUGUUUCCUGGCUUUGCUAGGAUCUAACUACCCUUGAUAACUAGGCGUUGCAGAAGGUCGUGUUUUCAUAUCCCUUUUCGGAGAUGAUUGAUUGUCAGGAAGGGCGGGCCACAGUCAACGUUUCCUGCUCUCCAUGACCGCAAAAGUUAGAAUUGCUUCAUUUUAAGCCGAUAAGCUAGACCCUAAGUAUGUAAUUGUCUAGUAUAUAAGCAAGC